AUGGUGAUGUUGAUGGUGAUGUUGAUGGUGAUUGAAUCGGAUGAGCCGAAUGAGAGCCGCGUGGUGGAUGAUUCAGACCUGUCUCGAGACCAAUAUCAAAGGGAACAGCCGAAAAAGGAACCGGAAAGAGAGCUUUUUGCAGCGAGGGGCGCGUGUGUGCGGAGGGAAGCGCAAGCGGGUUGCCCGAUCUUCUUGGAUGCUACAUUGCGCGAUAACAAUGUACCACCACGAUCGAAUGGCAGCUGGACGUGUCUAAAAGCAUCGAGCGUCGACUGUAUGCGCGGGUCGAUUCAAGCCGGCCCAAGCUACACCUGUCCUUCUACUCCCACCAUCGCGGUAGCACACUUCAUCAUGCAUACUAGUGUGAAACCUUUGAUCGACAUUCGAUAUGCAGCAGAGAUCCGAUUGUGUCUGGAACAGAGGUACCGUUCAAGAGCGCUCGAACACGAGGAUUCUGCCAAGUCCGUCUGGACUCUAUUUUCGACUCCGCCUGCAAUAACGCUCUCCACGAUCCAGACGGAAUUUCUAGAACUGCCGUAG